CUGAAAGAAUUCAAUAAUUUUUUCAUUAAGGAAGAACAAUUCUGCUUACAACUCACCAUAUGGAUGAAGCAGAUAUUCUUAGUGAUCGUGUUGCAAUUAUACAUCGAGGAAAACUCUUAUGUUCUGGCUCUCCUCUGUUACUCAAAAGUAAAUUUGGCUGUGGUUAUCAAUUAACUUUAUCCAGACAAGGUUCAGAUACAGACCGUGAUAGUGAUUCUGGAAGAGCUUCUUCUGCUUGUUCUGAAGGAGAAGCCAUUGGAUUUGACACGGACGGACUGCUUAAUUUUGUUCAAAGCAUUAUUCCAACUGCUACUCUCAUGGAAGACCACGGAACUGAAGUUGUUUUAAGUUUGCCUCAAAGAUCACCUGAUGGAAUGCCUUACAACUUUUCCAGCUUUUUUACAAAUUUAGAUUCCAAUCUUAAUCAGCUUGGAUUUGGUAGUUAUGGAUUAUCUAGUACUACUCUUGAAGAGGUGAGUUUUCUUCCUACUUCUUACAGUGUUUUGAUAAUAUAAAAUAAAAAAUUAUUG